AUUCGUCAGGAACUAUAUAAAUAUUCAUAAGAAUGACGAAUUGAAAAUAUCAACAUUAUAUUGAAUAAACAUUAGUUCCAUCAAAUAGUUGUCAAAAUCCUAACUCAGAUUUGAAUGAAUAAAGUUUUGUCUGGACAUAGGUUGGUUUUUUGUGCAAAGCAAUUCCGAUUUUAUACAAGCUUUAAUUUUUUACGUUUUUCUUGCAUCAUUUUCAGCCAGUUCUUUUAUUUCGCGAUACUGAAAAAUGGGCAACGAAUUAGCUGCUAUUGUUCCUUCUCAAAUUUUACCUAUUGAACAACAUCUAACAGAGCUAAAAGAUCACGAAUUUCAAAAAAGUUUGGGAAGUACUCGAUUCCUAAAAGUGGCAAGAGUGCGUAAUGCGACAGGGAGCGAUUUAGUUGUGAAAGUUUUUGCCGUUCUUGAACGUCCCCUACCACUAAAAGACUACCUAGAUUCAAUAGAUCGGCAGAGUUCUCUGUUGAGAAAUUGCUCCAACUGUCUUCCCUAUAUUCAAACCGUCCUAACUGAUAAAGCAGCCUUGGUAACUAGACGAUUUUGCAAGCACAACCUUUAUGAUCGUCUAAGCACAAGACCUUUUCUAAAUGACAUAGAGAGACGAUGGAUUGCUUUCGGAAUACUUUCGGCUAUUGCCCAAGCUCAUGAAAUGAAUGUGUUUCAUGGAGAUAUCAAAACAGAGAAUAUUCUUUUAUCUAGUAGUAACCAUGUUUUCCUCUGCGAUUGGGCAUCAGAAUUCAAGCCUAUUUAUAUUCCUGAUAAAAGUCCCUCGGACUUUGAUUAUUUCUUUGAUACAUCAAGGAGACGAACCUGCUAUUUAGCACCAGAGAGAUUCUUCGAAUCUGAGCCUCCAUCAAAUCCCUGUCUUACAUAUGAAAUGGAUAUAUUCUCUGCUGGCUGUGUCUUUAUUGAACUUUUUACCGAUGGGCAAAUUCCCUUUACACUAACUAAACUUUUAGCAUUCCGUAGUAGAGGAAAAAAAUAUGAUCCAGAGGAAGUUAUAAGUCGAAUAGAAGAUGCUCAAAUUAGACAUUUAGUUAGAAAUAUGACAAAUAUAGACAAAAAUCAGCGUUUAACAGCUCAGGAAUACUUAGACAAGGAAUAUGGGAAGACUUUUCCAAAAUCUUUUUAUGAAUUCUUUCCCAGCUAUGCGAAAUCACUGCCGGUUGCUCCCGACACAAAAGUUCAAAAGCUAAACGAGGACUUGGAAGAUGUCUUGCUAAAAACGUUGGAAAGUGAUUCUCUCGUUCUCUGCGUACCUCUGGUAACAUCUUGCAUUCGAUCAGUCAGAAUGGUCUCCUCCAGAUUAUCUGCUCUAGCAUUUCUCAAAAAAAUAUCUGUUCGCUUGGCUUCUGAUCUAGUCCUUGAUAGAAUUAUACCUUUCAUUCUGCAGUUACUUGAUGACGUUGUACCAAGGGUAAGAGCAGAAUCUAUAUACGUUUUAACAGACUGCAUUGAAAAUUGUAAGCUGCCUGAUUCAAAUGUUUUACCAAAUUAUAUUCUGACCAAAGUGCGGCGUUUAACAAAUGACGAAGCUCCAAUAGUUCGCCUAACCCUUGCACGAUGUCUUUGCUCACUAGCUGAAAGUUGUUUGCGAUUUCUAGAAUGUGCAGCGGACUCUGAUUCAAAUAUAUCAUUCUAUUUAGAAAUAGACGAGAUAAGAGAUUCAAUAGCUCAAAUAGCGACCCAACUACUAAGAGAUCCACAACCCGAAGUGAGGCAAACUAUGGCUCUUGGUGGGGCUGCCAUGUUAUGCAGCAUAUUAGGGAGAAAAUUAGCAGCAGACGUUCUCCUAUCUCAUAUGAUAACGUUCCUCAACGAAAGACAAUGGCGGACAAGGCUUGCAUUUUUUAAAAGUUUAGUUCAAGUCGCAGUAUUUGUGGGUGUCCAAGCGAGCGAUGUUGUCACUCCUCUGAUUUCAUCCGGGAUGAGAGAUUCCGAAACCUUAGUUAUUCAGCAAGCUUUAAAGAGUGGUGCUAUUCUUGCAGAGCAUAAACUUUUGAAAAAAACAACAAUGUAUGAUUUACUUAAUCAAUCAGUUAUUCCCUUACUUUCACAUCCAUCACUGUGCGUUCGAUACGCUGCAUGCUCAUUUGUCUGCGCGGUUAGCCGAACAUUACAUCCUGCAGACAUACAUUGCUGCAUUUUUCCAAAAUUGGAAAAGAAACUGGAAACCAGAAGUGCUGUGUACGUUGAAAAAGAGCAUCUAUUACUCACAAUGCUCAAGCCUCCAAUAUCGCGUGAGAUUUUAGAUAUGAUACAAAAGUCUCAAGAUCCGCAAAAAGUAAUUGAGGCAAUUCGAGCAAAGAAAUUUUCACAUAGCGUUACAUCCCUCGAGUCAUCAAUAGAAAAGAAAUUAUUGAGAUUUGACUUGAACGAACAUACAACGGAUUCUCUAAUUGAGCUUCGAAAUUUCUUUACCAGAGAUAGUAACGAAUCUUCCUCAGACUUGAGAAUGGGAGAAGUUGACUUAAAAAAUGUAGUGGGAGUUUCCCCCAGGCACGUUACUCUUGUUAAACUGAAAAAGGAAGGUAAGAAGACUAGAGAUGCCGCCGAAGGUCUCGGAAGCAUGAAUGAAGAUUGGAAGCAAAUGUUUGGAGGUGGUGCUGCUGCUACCUUUGAUACAGCAUCUGCCAGACCACUACGACACUCCAACGAAGUAAGAACACUGGGUAAAUAUGAUCAGUCAGAAGCUCCUGCCAGAACGCCUUGUCAGAAUGACCUACAGCAGCUAGUCCGCGUAAGAAGGAAGCAGAUUUUUAAUUCUGGUUUACUUUUAGAAGAUAAUAAGGAGUUGAAAAAGAAACCACCCAAAGAUUGGAAACCAAAGGGAUUGCUGGUAGGACAUACACAUGAACAUAGAGGCUCCGUUAAUGCUUUGAGAAUGAGUCCUGAUUCUUCUUGUCUUGCCAGUGCCAGCACAGAUGGAACGAUAAGAUUAUGGAAAUGCUCUAAAAUGGCAGCAGGCACCUCAUCCGGAACAACUAUUCGAUCGCAGUCUUCAUACUCUCACCAGGGUGGCCAGAUAAGAUCUGUUGCUUUUUCUGCUCCUGACCAAUUCGGUUCCAUUUCUAAUAAUGGAACUCUUCAUGUUGUUUCCAUCGCUAGUGACAAGUUAAAGUGUACAAAAGAAUAUGACAUGGAUCGGUCUAUUGACGUUGAUACUGAUGGGAUGCUAACAGACUUAACGUAUAUUCCAUCUUGUCAAGCCUAUUUAUUUUCGACAGUACAUGGACUACUCCAAGCAAUAGACACAAGAAGUCCAGUGACAGCGUUAAAGUUGGAACAAGAGCCGGAAAUGGGCCUUAUAACAUCGAUAGCUCCAUCUCAAUUAGGUGAAUGGUGGUUGGCCACUGGUACAAUAAAAGGUAUCAUAACAAUUUGGGACCUUAGAUUUCUGUUGCCUGUAUCGACAAUCAAAUCUCCCGCAAAAAAUUCUAUUAAAAAAAUACUGGCUCAUCCUUCAGAUAGAGCCAAAGUAGCUGUUGCUUAUAGCGGGAAUAAUGAGGUAUCCGUUUGGAAUUUGGAAGGUUCUAAUAGAGAUAUGGCAAUUUGGGCCUCUCCAGCUGCUCCUCUCUCAGUUCAAAAAACUAAUGCUCAUUCUAUAUGGGGAAUGCACCUCGGAGUUCAUGAAGCUAGCAAUGACUGUUUCAUAUUAACAGGAGGAACUGAUAUGAGAUUACGAUAUUGGAAUUUAAAUAAAGCUGAUAGUUGUUGUAUUUUCACAAAAGCUGGACAUGAUAGAAGGAAGACUUUAAAUGCGACCUACCAGCAAAAAUUAAUUGAAGGCACAAAUGUUAUUCAAGAAGUCUAUGCCCAAGAACAAAUGGAAGCACCAAAUCGUCUAGGUACACCUGCUCACGCAAUGGAAACACCUCCAGUUGGUCACCAUGAUAUUGUUACGGAUAUUGCAGCUUGCAGGAUUGCUGAUCAUAAUUUGAUAUUCAGCUCCUCCAGAGAUGGAGUUGUUAAAGUUUGGAAAUAG